UUGCUGUAAGUUCUGAGCCAUCCUGUGCUGCUUCGGAGGGACUGUAAAUCAGGAAUUCAUUUACCAAAAUGUGGCGGUUCUUGGCCACUCUGUGCAGUCUGGUUGUACUGACCAGUGCUCGGAGUACAUUGUCCUUCCCUCCUCUUUCAGAUGAAAUGGUCAACUAUGUCAACAAGCUCAAUACUACAUGGAAGGCUGGGCAUAACUUCCGUAAUGUGGACAUGAGCUACGUCAAGAAACUCUGUGGUACCAUCAUGGGUGGAGCCAAGCAACUACCUCAGAGAUUGAUGUUGGCUGAUGACAUGAAACUACCAGAAAACUUUGAUGCACGGGAACAGUGGCCAAACUGCCCAACCAUCAAAGAAAUUCGAGACCAGGGCUCCUGCGGCUCUUGUUGGGCAUUUGGAGCUGUGGAAGCCAUUUCUGACAGGAUCUGUGUGCAUACUAAUGGUUAUACCACUGUAGAAGUGUCUGCUGAGGAUCUGCUUAGCUGCUGUGGAUUACAGUGUGGGGAAGGAUGUAAUGGUGGCUAUCCUGCUGGAGCUUGGAAAUAUUGGAUCAAGAAAGGCCUUGUAUCUGGUGGCCUCUAUGACUCCCAUGUGGGCUGCCGACCUUACUCCAUUCCUCCUUGUGAGCAUCAUGUGAAUGGUUCCCGCCCUGCCUGUAGUGGAGGGGAGGAGAUGGCUCAGUGGAUAGAGCACUAGCCUUGAAGUCAAGAG